AUGCCACGCUCAAGGAACGGAUGCACGACAUGCAAAAGACGCCAUCGAAAAUGCGACGAAACCAAACCGGCCUGUCUCGAGUGCCAGAAGCACAAGCUGCAAUGCGACGGGUACGCCAUCAAGCUACAGUGGGAUGUCGGGGUUGCAUCGCGAGGGAAACUUACCGGGGCAACGCUUCCUGUGCUUGUUGAAGGGGGUGGGAAGAAGAGACGCACGGAGCAGAUUGAGAUAGAUGGCUCGGCUGGGGCUUUUGGACAGUUCCAGGCCACCUCACUGGACGGGCAGGGUGAGAUGAUAAAUGCGGAUUCGCCACUGGACGUCGGAUCUUGCACAGGUGAUAAAGAGCCCCAAUGGCUGCAAAAGAGAAGUGAUCGGGAAAAAGAGUUAUUUGAACUAUUCUUCCAACGAACCGUCUUCUCGUUCUACUCCACCUCGACAGACGACUCAUUCUGCGCUGAACUAGAACGUCUCGCUCUACAGAACGAACCGCUGUACCUCAGCUUGAUAGCGACAUGUUUGUAUAAUUCCAACCCCCGCAAUCCAUCACCGUUAUUCCACGACUUGUGCGACCAGAGUCUGCGUCUCUUCCGGGAACAGCUGAGUGGGUAUGACGGGACGUUGGAUUCAGGGUUGAUAAACGCAGGGACGUUUCUAUGCACAUUGCACCUGUUCCAGGGCAUCCCGUGGACUAAUCAUCUGAACCACAUGAUGUGGGUAUACGGCCUCUUCCCCGGUGCCGAGAACGCACAUCGCAUCGCAGACAUGGAGUACCGCUUCUGUCUCGAGGCGAUGGCGAUCAUGGACAUACCGACCUUUGUCAGGGGUCGCGACACGCCUUCGCUUGGAAUAUGGGGGUUUCUCAGGGCCGGCCAAGCAGCCACGCCAACAGGUCUAGUCGAUGGAGUGGAGAGCGUGUCCGGAAUACCACGAAGUCUACUGGAUAUCAUCGCGCGUAUCGGGAGUGUUUCUGCGGAGGAGGAAUUCGCCGCUUGGCCGGGCCACGAGGGAUCUGUUCCGCACUGUCAUCUCUGGGAAGCCUUUCGCCUGGCAGGCAUUUUACUGAAUCGACGACAAAACCGCUCCCCAGCUGCAUCGCCGACUAACGAGGUUAUUCUAUGUCGACUGGUAGCUACACUGGAUGCUCUGUACGAAACGCGCCGUCGCGACGAGUACAGCCACAUUCUCGCGACAAACAGCAUCAUGUACCCUUACACGGCAGCGCGUCUGGAAGUGUCAAUCCUACGUGAGCGACCAUCGUGGGUGCAGGGGCUGCGCAGAUGCGGCGAUCUCUGCGACGCAUACCGCGACACGCCCAACGCGAUCAUCCUGGAGGAGAUUCUGGACAGUGCGCUCAAGACUGGCGAUAACGAUGUUGACCUCGACAAACAAGCCCAGCUCCGAGGCGUUGAACUCUCCCUGUUCUGA